AUGUCUGCCUCUACCAACAACUCUGUCACUUCCUCUACCCCUGCUGUCACUCAAAAACAGUUGAACUCUCACAUGGACAACCUUGAUAUCACCAUGCAACAAGAUGACAUGAAGAACCUACUACCAGUGAGGAACCUUCAUCCUCCUCCACUGUCGGUCUCUCAAGCUCUUCCUCUGAUAUUUAAACAAGAAUUGGAUGCUAUGAAGGCUGAAACCAACGAAACUGCUGAAUACAUUCAGUACCUUGAAGGCCUUCAAAGUGUUACAUCCACUGGCCUGGAUAUCGACCAACACUGGGCACGUCUCAUUCCAAUCCGCAUCAUGAACAGAGACCAACGCUCAUGGUUCGAACUAUCCCUCAAAGGCCGUGUGCGAGCUCUAUUACCCACUCUUCGAAAAGAAGUCGCUCGUACCGUGUUGAACUUUCUGCGCAAUGCGCAAGACAUUGUUGGCAAAGUAGUUGCCAAGGCAAGACUGGUCGCUUCCUCCGAUAUUUGUGUCGUAUUUGAGGCACGAUGGCAAUAUUAUAUGCGUAAAUUACUCAAAACGUCUAACGAAAUGUAA